GGGGCCACCCGCAGUGAGCGAAGAGGCGCCCACGCCACCGAAAUGAACUCACAACGACAAGGCGAGAGACGGAAAUAUCGCCAUGGCUCUCCUCGCCGUCGCCUCCGCGCCCAAAACCCUAAACCCCAGCCUCUACCCGAUCCCCGGCCGCCGCCGCCGCCGGUGCCUCCCCUCUUCCCUCCUCCGUCUCCCGCCGCCGCUGCCAAGAUGGCGCCGCCUCCGGUGCUCUGCGCAGUACGACGAGGCCGCCCCGCCGCGACCGGGGGCGAAGACGACGACGCCGCGGCCGGCGGAGGUCCCGUGGAGCAGGGAGCUGUGCAACUCGGUGCGGCUCAUCGGGACGGUGGGCACCGACGUCGAGCUGCGGCAGCUACCAAGCGGCGCCGCCGUCGCGAGGGGCCGCCUCGCCGUCUGGAAGUCGGCCACCGAGACCACAUGGGUAACUCUAGCAUUCUGGGAUGACAUGGCUGUUGUGGCCUCUGAGCAUGUGAAGAAGGGCGAUCGGAUAUUUGUUUCUGGACGGCUUGUGUCAGACACUGUUGAUGAGGGGCCUGAGAAGCGGCAGGUUUAUUACAAGGUUGUUGUUCAACAGUUGAAUUUCAUUGAGUCCAUCCAGCCAGUUCGUUUAUAUGAACCAGAGCCAAGCCAGGAUGCCCCAGGUGGAAGACGUGGAGAUUAUUUUGAUUCUACCUCUAGUUCAGCUGAGGAUAACAAUAGGGAUAAUACCAGUUCUCCCUCUCGAUCAAAUGGAGAGCUGUGGCAAGCUUUCUUUGCUAAUCCUCUUGACUGGUGGGAUAACAGGAAAAAUAAGAAGAACCCGAGGUAUCCAGACUUUAAGCAUAAGCACACUGGUGAAGCAUUGUGGGUUGAUGGGAGGAACAACCCCAACUGGGUUAUCUCUCAGUUGGCAGUUUUGGACUCUAGAAUGGGUUCUCUGCAAGACUACGAGAGAAAACCAGUGUCUUAUAUGUAUGCAGACGAGUUCAUGACAUUGGAUGGCAAUCGAUCCUCUCUAUGAAGGAGGAAACUUCUCAAUCCCCAGUUGUCCAGCUGGACUAUCUGUUAUGUCAAAAACGUGCUAUCGGGCUAAUUCGUCCUUGCAUUAUGGGCUAGUUUUAUGUUGCAUUUGUCCUUGUCAAUUGUACAUAUAUAUCUAGGCUCUGGAAGUUUAUCAGGGAGGAGGCCGAAAGUAUUAUGUACCCUAGUAUUGUAAUGACAAAACGCAAACAGAAUGAAUUGGAGAUAGCCCUGUUGUCUGACA